AUGGCUGGCAAAUGCCAAGGUGCUGCUGCUCGAAUCCAGGCCAACUAUCCUAAGGCUUUGUAUUUUCACUGUGCUGCACAUAUUCUAAACCUUUGUGUUGUUGGAGCUUGCAAGGUCCAAUCUGUGCAAAACAUGAUGGGGUUUUUAAAGGAAAUCAGUCUCUUCUUCUCUAAUUCGCCCAAAAGACAACAAGAGCUGGAAAGUCAAAUAAUGGAAGUGACCGACUCUGAAACAAACAAGAGGAAACUUGUUGAUUUGUGCAGGACACGAUGGAUUGCCAGAAUAGAAGCUUUUGAAGUCUUUGAAUCUCUUUUGUCAUCAGUUGUCAAUAGCCUGGAAGUAAUAAGUGAAGGAGCCAGAGCAGGUUGGAAUGUAGAGUCAGCUACAAUGGCAAGAGGAUUAUUUCACAGCAUCAUGAAAUUUGAAUUUUUAAUUACGUUUGUGGUGGUAAAGAAGGCUCCAUGUUAUAUCAAAGGAUUGACACACUUACUUCAGAAGAAAACUCUCGAUAUCUGUACAGCCUACGGUGAGGUUGACAAUGUAAAGCUUUCUCUUGCACAAGUUAGACAGACCAUUGAUAUUGUACAUAAAGAGUGGUAUCAGGCAGCUGUGACAAUUGGGGACAAAAUUCACGCACCAGAACCAUCUAUUUCACGAUGUUGUGGCAGGCAAAGCAACAGAAGCAACGUGCCUGGGGAUUCUCCUGAAGUGUAUUACCGCAGGCUAGUUACAGUGCCAUUUAUUGAUGAGCUUUUGAAUCAUCUAGACAACCGAUUUGCUAUCAGUCACAUUAAAGCUGUAUGCACAAUGAAGAGCCUAAUGCCAGCUUCCUUCAUGACAUCUGUCGGUGAUUUGGGUUCAAGUAUGGGGGAAUUGGAUGUGAAAACUAUGGGACUUGACGACUUUGAAUUCUACCUUGACGAUUUACCAUCUGCUGAUGGGCUGCCUCAGGAGAUGCACAACUGGGUCAACAAAUGGCGCAGAUUCAAAGGAGCGUUUCCUCACACGCCUGCAGAUUGCUUGUCAUAUGCUGACGAAACUAUGUACCCAAACAUCAACUGUGUGCUGCGCAUAUUUUGCACACUGCCAGUCACGACAGCAGAGUGUGAAAGAUCCGUGUCUGUCUUAAGGCGACUAAAGACAUACCUCAGGUCCUCAAUGGGCCAAGAAAGACUAAGCAGUUUGGCUCUACUACACAUCAAUCAGUCGAUGACAAUCGAUUUUGAUGCAGUUAUUAACAGUUUUUCCAGGAAACAUCCGCGAAGAAUGAUUUUGAAAGACAUUUUGUCAACUUGUAUAGAUACAUAA